CGUGUUCUUGAAGUCGAAGUACAAGUGAAGGACAGUGGACGUGAUUGCUUUUGAUAUUGAGCUGGAUUGAAGCAACGGAGAAAUAAACACGUUUUGAGUGAGUGGCGCUCUCUUUUGCCACGUACACUUUAACAUCAGUGUCGAUGGAGCAGAAGCUGGCAGCGUUCAGAGCCAGACGACAGGCUGACACGACGGGGAAAAGGGACGACAGUGCUGGUCCGCAGUGCAAAGCACCGACAAUGGCGGACAAAGCUGCUGAGACUGAUACAACAACAACAAUAACAACAACUACUACUACUACUGACAGUCAACAGACUCAAGACACAGCACACGUCAGAGCUCCGAGUCGGACCUCCCCAAUAAAGGACCAUAGUGACUGGCUGCUGGACAGCGCUCUGGGAAGAUGGCUGACUUCAAGACAAUUUGUCUUCUCCAACCUUACUUUGCUCAAAGUGCUGCUGUGGCUGGUGCUGCUCGGUCUGUUUGUUGAAAUAGAGUUUGGCCUGCCAUUCUUCGUCAUUUCCCUCUUCUACUGGCUCUAUGAGGGACUCCGGAGCCCGGCUGCCCGUGAGCCUGGAGAACUGAGUGCUUAUUCUGUCUUCAAUCCAGACUGUCAGCCUCUGCUGGGCAGUGUCACUGCAGAGCAGCUGGAGAGAGAGAUGGGUUAUAGACCUCUGGCUAACAGAUGAAUUGCACAUUUAUAUUAAAUAAUCAAAUUUGUUGUCAUUAUAAAAGGGAUACUUUUAUUCAGAAAAACACAGGUGCUUUCAAUUAUUUAUUUCUGUAUAAGUAUAUAAGUGGAGAUUUAUGCAGUCAUAUUCCUGUUUCUGUUCCUAAAACUAGUUUAAUAGUAAGUAGCCCCCUUUCACACCGGAUCGUGAAAGGGGGCUACGCCACAUCAAAUAACUAAAACUUGUUUGGUAAUGGGAGUGAGUGAACUGGGGAGAAACAGUGACGCAUUGUGAGUCAUGUGGGCUAAAAGGGUAAAGGGCAAGCAGCAUUGACAUUUAUAUGAGAACAAUGUUCCUUACUUCAAAUAAAUGGCUUUUCAAGUUUAAUAAAUAAUUCUGAUGUAUCAAGCAGCA